GAGCGGGGCGGGGCGGGGCGCGGCGGCGGCGCGGAGGAUCGCGGCGGGCGGUGAGCUCCCCCGAUGCGGCAGAGCUGCUCCCGGUAUCUGUCCGCCGAGCGUCACCGCGGCUCCCGGCCACCCCAGUUCCCUUCCCUCGGCACCCCCAAACCGGCCCCCGAAGCCCCGGGAUCCCCGCUGCUCCCCAGGCAGCAGGCCCAAGCCCACGGCUUUCCCCUUGUUCCUCUGUAUUCUCUCCACCCCUUCAAACUGCGCCCGCCCCCAGCAGAGCCCAAGUCAACAAAAGCUCUAAGGUCCUGUCCGAUCAGCGCUCGCUGUGCUGAGGGCUCCCCUUGUUACCCCGUCAGUGCGCGCCCUCGAUUCUGCUCCCCCGCUGUGCUCAGCAGCCCAGAAUCCAUCCCAGCUCACCUGUCCCAAGCCCUCCAGCUGGGGUCCCCUUUCCCGAGGGUGCUCUCUGUGCUCCUGGGGUACCCCUGUCUGCCGAGGGUGCCCUGUGUGCUCCUGGGGUGCCCCUCUGUAUUCCUGGGGUGCUCUCUGCUCUCGGGGUGCCCCUCUCUGCCCAGGGUCCCUCUGUACCCCUGGGGUGCUCUCUGCACUCGGGGUGCCCCUCUCUGCCCAGGGUCCCUCUGUACCCCUGGGGUGCUCUCUGUACCCCUGGGGUGCUCUCUGUAUUCCUGGGGUGCUCUCUGCACUCGGGGGUGCCCCUCUCUGCCCAGGGUCCCUCUGUACCCCUGGGGUGCUCUGUGCACUCGGGGGUGCCGCUCUCUGCCCAGGGUCCCUCUGUACCCCUGGGGUGCUCUCUGUACCCCUGGGGUGCUCUCUGUAUUCCUGGGGUGCUCUCUGCACUCGGGGGUGCCGCUCUCUGCCCAGGGUCCCUCUGUACCCCUGGGGUGCUCUCUGCACUCGGGGGUGCCCCUCUCUGCCCAGGGUCCCUCUGUACCCCUGGGGUGCUCUGUGCACUCGGGGGUGCCGCUCUCUGCCCAGGGUCCCUCUGUACCCCUGGGGUGCUCUCUGCACUCGGGGUGCCCCUCUCUGCCCAGGGUCCCUCUGUACCCCUGGGGUGCUCUCUGCUCUCGGGGUGUCCCUCUCUGCCCAGGGUCCCUCUGUACCCCUGGGGUGCUCUCUGCACUCGGGGGUGCCCCUCUCUGCCCAGGGUCCCUCUGUACCCCUGGGGUGCUCUCUGCACUCGGGGGUGCCCCUCUCUGCCCAGGGUCCCUCUGUACCCCUGGGGUGCUCUGUGCACUCGGGGGUGCCGCUCUCUGCCCAGGGUCCCUCUGUACCCCUGGGGUGCUCUCUGCUCUCGGGGUGUCCCUCUCUGCACAGGGUCCCUCUGUACCCCUGGGGUGCUCUCUGCUCUCGGGGUGCCCCUCUCUGCCCAGGGCUCUCUCCCGCAGCCGCCCUGGCGCCAUGGCCGAGCCGCGGUUCCUGCAGGCCGAGUGCGCGUUCCGGCCCGGGGCGCACACGGUGCGGGUGACCCUGAGCCGCAGCUCCCUGCGGGUGGAGGUGGAGGCUCACGGCACCGCCGACCUGUGGAGGGGCGAGUUCGAUGCCACCUUCAUCGAGGACCUGACCCGCAAAACGGGGAAUUUCAAGCAGUUUGGCAUUUUCUGCAGCAUGCUGGAGUCGGCCUUGACACAGAGUAGCGACUCCGUCAGCCUGGAGCUCCUCACCUACACCGACCUGGAGACCCUGCACAGCCGCAAAGUGGGGGCAGUCACCCGGCCUCCCCCUUCCACCCAUUCCCCCCUCAACAGCAAGCGCUACCUCAUCCUCGUCUACUCUGUGGAGUUCGAUAGGAUCCAUUACCCGCUGCCGCUGCCCUACGCGGGGCGGCCGGACCUGGUGGCCCUGGUGCGGGAGCUGCAGGAGCAGCUGGCGCAGCUCCGGGCCCAGCGCCUGGAGGAGACCCAGCACUUGCGGGACGCGCUGUGGCAGGCAGUGGAGGAGAAGCGGGCAGCAGAGGCGCGGCACCAGCGCGAGUACCGGCAGAUGGCUGCAGAGCUGACCCAGGCAAAGGCAUCGGAGAAGAGGCUGCAGCUGCGGGUGAAGAACCUGACGGCUGAACUGGCCUCCUGCAAGAGGGGCCGCCAGAAAUCUGCCAGCCCAGCCCCACGCCCCCAGGAGCGGCGCUCAGCAUCCCUGGAGAGCCACAGGAGCAGCCGGGGCCACCCCUCGUCGAAGUCCCCGUCACCUGCAGGCUCCCGCCCACCACGCUUCGACCCCACUGCCUUUGUCAGGGCCCGGCAGUGCCGGCAGAAGGAAGCUGAGCUCAGAAACCAGCGCCGUGGAGUGGCUUCUGGCAGCACCAGCCCGGCGAGGAGCCACAGGCGCAGCUCGUCUGCUGAAAGCUCCCGGAGCUGUCGACUGGGAGGGAGCUCUGGCAGCAGAGCCAGUGAGCGCGCUGAGCCCGUGCCCUGCAGGGACAGGAGACUGACCCGCACACGGAGACCCCUGAGCAUCUCAUCCUGCAAUGGCCCCUGCCUGGUGUCUCGCCCAGCUGCCAGCCACAAGCUGCCAGGGUGCAGGACUGGUGGCAAGCGCCCUGGUAAAGAGAACCUCAUGAAGGAGUCCUCAGCUGAACUGGCUGAGAUCGAUGCCCGGCUGCAGGCUCUGCAGGAGUACAUGGACAGCCUGAACACACGCAUGUGACCCCCUGCAGGGAUCACAGGAGGGGACACACCCUCUCCCUGUGUCCUCAGCGGCUGACAGGGGUGGUGUGGUACAAAUGUCCCCCCAAAUAAACACUUGUGUGGCCA